UACGUCACGUCACCGUCAUCUGUCUUUUUGCUUGAUGCCGUGGAUUGUUUAUCUUUUUAACUUGCAUCAAUAACUUGAUAUUCAUCUAAAAUAUUUAAUUAACUCCUAGUCAUGCCUCUGCGGUUGGAUAUCAAACGGAAGCUCACGGCAAGAUCGGAUCGUGUGAAAUGUGUGGAUUUGCACCCAACAGAACCAUGGAUGUUGGCAUCACUGUACAAUGGAAAUGUACACGUAUGGAACCAUGAGUCUCAGCAACUCGUCAAAUCAUUUGAGGUGUGUGAUUUGCCAGUCCGAGCAGCAGUAUUUGUGCCUCGCAAGAACUGGAUAGUCACCGGUUCUGAUGACAUGCAAGUGCGAGUCUUCAACUACAACACUCUAGAGAGAGCCCACGCUUUUGAAGCACACUCAGACUACGUGCGAUGCAUUGUGGUACAUCCCACCCAACCUUACAUUCUCACUAGCAGUGAUGACAUGCUGAUUAAGUUGUGGAACUGGGAGAAGCAGUGGUCUUGCCAGCAGGUGUUUGAGGGCCACACUCACUACGUGAUGCAGAUUGUGAUCAACACCAAGGACAACAACACUCUGGCCAGUGCGUCCUUGGACAGGACUGUAAAGGUGUGGCAGCUAGGAUCCCCCACCCCUAACUUCACCCUGGAAGGCCAUGAGAAGGGGGUGAACUGUGUAGACUACUACCACGGUGGGGACAAACCCUACCUGAUCUCUGGCGCAGACGACAGGAUGGUCAAGAUAUGGGACUAUCAGAACAAGACAUGUGUUCAAACACUAGAGGGACACGCUCAAAACAUCUCUGCAGUCUGUUUCCAUCCAGAGCUGCCGAUAGUGUUGACUGGUAGUGAGGAUGGCACUGUACGUAUCUGGCACUCCGGCACAUACCGUCUUGAGUCCUCUCUCAACUAUGGCUUCGAGCGUGUCUGGACAAUUGCCUGCAUGCGAGGAUCAAACAAUGUUGCUAUCGGGUACGACGAAGGGAGCAUCAUGGUGAAGGUAGGCAGAGAAGAGCCGGCUGUGUCGAUGGAUGUUAACGGAGAGAAGAUAGUGUGGGCAAGACACUCGGAAAUACAACAAGCCAAUUUGAAGGCGAUGCCGGAGGGUAUUGAGAUCAAAGACGGAGAGCGACUGCCAGUGGCUGUGAAGGACAUGGGAAGCUGUGAGAUCUACCCGCAGACCAUUGCGCACAACCCCAAUGGCAGGUUUGUGGUGGUGUGCGGAGAUGGUGAGUACAUCAUCUACACAGCCAUGGCGCUGCGUAACAAAGCGUUUGGCUCGGCUCACGAGUUUGUUUGGGCUCAAGAUUCCUCUGAGUACGCAGUCAGAGAGGGAACCACCACUGUCAAAGUCUUCAAGAACUUCAAAGAGAAAAAAUCCUUCAAGCCAGAGUUUGGAGCGGAAGGUAUUUUCGGAGGGUUUCUGUUGGGGGUUCGAUCAGUGUCAGGCCUGGCUCUCUACGACUGGGAGAACUUAGAAUUGGUGAGGCGCAUUGAGAUACAGCCAAAACAUGUGUUCUGGUCGGAGAGUGGGGAACUGGUUGCCCUGGCAACGGAGGACAGCUACUUUGUGUUGCGCUACGACGCCAACGCUGUUCUAGCAGCGAGGGAACAGGGAGGCGACGCAGUGACGCAGGAUGGUGUGGAGGAGGCGUUUGAUGUUUUGGGUGAAGUGCACGAAUCGGUUCGCACAGGAUUGUGGGUCGGAGACUGUUUCAUCUACACCAACAGUGUUAACCGCAUCAACUACUACGUAGGUGGAGAGAUAGUGACGGUGUCUCAUCUAGACAGGACCAUGUAUCUGCUAGGCUAUGUGGCCAAGGAUAACAGACUGUACCUUGGAGACAAGGAGCUCAACAUUGUGUCUUACAGUUUACUCCUAUCAGUAUUAGAGUACCAAACCGCUGUGAUGAGGGGAGAUUUUGAAACAGCAGACAAAGUAUUGCCCACCGUACCCACACAGUAUCGCACCCGAGUUGCUCACUUCCUGGAGAAGCAAGGGUUCAAGCAGCAGGCGCUGGCAGUGUCCACUGAUCCAGAGCACAGGUUUGAGCUUGCGCUGCAGCUAGGAGAGCUACAGAUCGCUACCACCCUGGCUCGUGAGGCCGGCCACACACAGAAGUGGCGACAGUUGGCAGAACUGGCCACGAGCAGGGGUCAGCUGCAGUUGGCGCAGGAGUGUCUACACCAGGCGCAAGACUUUGGCGGCCUGCUGCUACUAGCCACCUCUGCUGGUAACGCGGAGAUGGUCCGCAAGCUUGGUGACUCUGCAGAAACCACUGGCAAGAACAACGUAGCUUUCCUCUCAUUCCUGCUGCUUGGGGAACUGGACAAAUGUCUGCAGAUACUUAUUGAUACAGACCGCCUGCCAGAGGCUGCGUUUUUUGCUAGGACAUACAUGCCGAGUCAGAUGAGUCGAGUGGUGCAGUUGUGGCGAGAGUCGCUGUCCAAGGUCAGUGAGAAGGCAGGACAGUCCCUGGCGGACCCCAAGGACUAUGAGAACCUGUUCCCAGGACUUCAGGACACUCUCAAGACUGAGCAAUAUCUUGAGCCUGAGAGGCGAAGUUUGCUGCCAGCGUCUGCUUUCCCCAACCUUCCGGCCAAUCAUGAUAGGAACCCUGUGGCUGAGAUGAGGGAGGCUGAGGCCAACGCUAGGUUCCACUACAGACCCCCCGGAGUGUCGGUAGAGGACGAGGUGUUGUCUCACGGAGGCAAAGGAGAUGAGGAUCGUCUCCUCCGAGGAUCAGUAGACCCGGUUUUGAUGUCAUCCCCUGCAGGAGAGUUUACGUUGCCGCCUAAAGCUGCGCCGAGCCAACCAGUCAAACCUCCCCCCACCACCUCGACACAAGACGAUGAUGAUCUUGAGCUGGACUUGGACAACAUGAACCUCGAUGACAUUGACACAUCGUUUGACUCCUGGUUGGAUACGAAUGAGAACGCUGGAGAAAACCUCCCUGCUGCUAACUUGACAGAAAGUGGUCCUGUCAAACAUCUGACUAAGGGGGAUGAAGGCGAGCUUGACCUGGAUAGUAUGAAUUUUGAUGAUAUUGCCACCUCUGACAUCAACUUAGAAGAUGAAGACCUAAUGGAUUAAACAAAUUAUUUCCAAACACUGUAAUUAUUAUUUCCAUUUAUAGUUUGUUAUAAGAUAAAUAUAUUAUUCGACCAUUU